AUGGGAAAAACUGCUCUCCACCUUGCUGCAGAAAGUCAAAACAUCGAACUAGCUUUUAUACUUAUUUCUCAUGGUGCAGACCCAUACAUAAAGGAUAUGUUUGGGGAUACACCUCUAGAUAUUGCUACAAAAAAGCGCAAUCAAGAAUUGAUAGAUGAAUUGAUUCCCCCAAAAGAAGAACAAUAA